CUUCCAUGGGCAGUUAAUUUUUUCGGUUACUAUUUAUCGUUCGUAAUUUAACGAACACGCUGAACAUAAUUAUAUAGUGUUUUUUAUUAUUAUUGACUAAUAAUAAAGAGACAUGGAGUUGAGGUCCAGUCGUUCGCGUUCGAAAACGCCUUUCGUCGUUGAAAGUUUCGAUAGAGAAUCAAUCGAAAAAGAAAGUUCAUCGAAAGUCGUUAAAAUGACGAGAAAAACGACAACAAGGUCUCAAAUAAAUUCAUCUGAAGUAUCUUCAAGUACUUCAAAACCAAGAAAGUCGUCUAGGUUGGAAAAAUCUAGCAAAAAAAUAUCGUACAAGACAUCUGAUUAUUCUUCUGAAGACAACGAUUCCUUCACUAGCAAAAGAAGCAUAACUCAAAAUGAAAAAAAUCAAUUCAUUGAGGAUGCCCGGGCUCUGGCAAACGGAUCUGGGGAUAUAUCAGCCCUGGAAUUAUACCGAAGUUCUGACAGAUAUUGGGACAAAUAUCCCAAAACUGACUAUACAUAUUCAUACCACUCGCAAGAUCGUUUUGAAAUUGCCCCCGGAGAGGUAAUAAUGCCCAAUAUGUCUCGUAGAACAAUCCACAACUUAGAUUGCACAAUUAACGAUGUGCACUCAAAAUCUACAAACACUGAUUUACUGGAGGGUUUCACAAGUUUAUAUAAAACCGAGAAUUUACAAAGGAGAAAGUUGUUCAACAAUAAUUUUGAUGAUACUGUUGAUGAAACCACUUCAAGAUACACAACUGAACAAACGUUAUGGUACAGAGCAAAACGACGCAUUUUAACCAUCAUUUCGACGAUCACAACGAUUUACUACUUCUUUCAAAAAAUACAAACGUCGAUUUUUUCAAAAAUACAUCGUUUUUGCAGCUGGGUGAUGCUAUUGGACACGUAUUUAAUGAUGAAAAACCCCAAUUGGAACAAACAAAAUAAGCUGGCCUUACUUUGCAUAGUGCCCUUGUUAUUUUUCGGAGGUUGGUACUUGUUAACUUUGUUGGGCAGUUUAUUCGGGGGUGUACCUAUAAAUUCAACCGCCGAAAAUAUAGAAAUUAUUCAAAAUAAUGACGAAAUUAUCGAAGAAAUCCUAACAAAAUCGGAUGAAAUCCCGAAUAUUAAUAUAACACCGGAAAAAUCGGGCUUCACGGAUGAGGAAUUGAACAAAAUCGCCUCGCUAAUCAAGGAAAAAAUCGACCUGACGGAAAAAAUAAACUCGGAACACGUCGCCCAACAAAUCCUACAGAAUACCAACUUUAUAAAAAUCGUCAAUACCCGAAAAAAUCUUGACAAAGACGAAAUCAUCGCAACCCUCAAGGAAGACAUCAAAAAAAUCCAGUUGGACUUUGAGAGGCGCCAAAAUGAAAUCACCAGCGUAAUAAACAACAUGAGGAGCGAGAACGCCGAAAAUUCCGCAAGACUUGGCGUGGAGCUGAAAAAGUGCUGUCAAAAGUCGUUGAUCAACAUUGAGGGGUACGUAGGUAAGUUGGUGGGGGAUUUUCUGAACAACCCUGUGUAUCUGGGUGAGCAGAAGGGCUUCGCGCAGUUUCUGAAAGGCAUCCUGGUGGCCAAGCAAGAGUUGGAGGAAAAAUUGGAGGGGGUAACAACGAAAUUAGAGGGUCAGUUUGAAGGUUUGCUCAGGGAUAACACUCAGGUCAUUUUGAAUGAUAUUAGCGGGAAAAUUCAGGGCAAAAUGGCCGUCGGUAGCGUCGGUGAUGUAUCAGAUGAGCACAUCAAACUUAUAGUUAAAAACACUUUGAAUAUAUACGAUGCCGAUAGAACAGGGUUGGUGGAUUAUGCCAUGGAACCAAUGGGAGGUCAAGUUUUGACGACGCGCUGUACCGAGGCCUACCAUUCCGGAAAAGCCGUGGUUUCGGUGCUGGGUAUACCACUAUGGUACCCGGUUAACACCCCCAGGACUGUCAUAACCCCCGGAAUCAACCCAGGAGAGUGUUUUGCCUUCGAGAACUUCCCUGGGUUUCUGGUUAUCAAACUGAGCUCCAAAAUCCACGUAGAAGCGUUCUCAUUGGAGCACGUGAACAAACUGCUGGUCCCCAACGGGAAAAUCGACUCGGCCCCCCAAAAAUUUCGAAGUCUACGGCCUAACCGCGGAAAACGACAAAAACCCCGUCAAAAUAGGCGAAUACUCGUACGACUACAACGGCGACGCCCUGCAAUUCUUCCACGUCGCUUCCCAAGGUCACAUCUUCGACCACGUCGAGUUGAGGGUGAUCUCCAACCACGGCAACCCGAAUUACACCUGCUUGUAUCGAUUUAGAGUGCACGGGAAGAUGGCUACUGAACAUAGAUAAUAACAUGUGGUUAGCACGUUGUUUUUGUGCAAUAUCUGGCUUCCUAAUAAUAGGAGCCCAAAGUGUGUAUAACGAAAAAUGUAGAUCAUGAAAUUCUCCACAAAAAAUGUUUUAUGCUUUUUCACCUGCAAUAAAGCGUUACGGAAAUAUAGCAAUGGGACAAAAAACUGACAUUUAUUGACUUAGUGAUUGUUUGUGUAUAUAGAUAGUCGGGACGCACAGUAUUAGUUUUAAAUCGCGCUUUUCUCAUUUAUUCAAUACAGGGUGUACAUUUUAUUUGUGACAUAAUAAUUUUUUAUGUAAAUUUUCUCAGAACACCCUGUAUUUAUACUUGUGAAUAUUUUUUUAUACCAAAAUGUACUUAAUCCUACAGUCUAAUAACCAAAGGCAGUUUAUACGAAAAUACUACACAUUUCUUGCCCCAGUGCCUUUUUAUAGAAUUGUUUGACUAUUAUUAUAAAUAUCUGUGAUUAAAUUUAACUAAUAUAUUAAGUACAAAUAAUUAUUAGAAUAGUAGUGCCAUUUCUUUGACUAACCUACUGAAUGUUUUAACUAUUUUGACUUUGUAAUUUCACUUAAUCGCUAAAAACGGUACAACGCACGUUGGAACAAACCUUUUGAUGUUGAGGUUUGUUCCAGUAUCAGUUUUUUUGCAUUUAGGUGUUAAAUUUUAUAAUUUAUUAAAUCUGUAGUUUUUAAAUUUAGUCACUAGCUUUUAAGGACCCACUGUAGAAUUUAUGACUUUUUAUGGCAAAAUUAUGUAUUUUCAUAUUUAUAAUAAAC